AUGGCAUGGGAGGAAUGUCUUCAAGCGGGACAUACUCUGCUGCAAUGGUACACCACCAUCUGUCCCUGCGUCCUGGCCACAUGUGAUGCAUCUGCAGACCGCUCUACCCCCCUGGUAGGAUUCGGGCCCAGUGCGGAAGCGCCCGAAACAGACGUCAUUGAGGAGGAGGAGCCCAAGAAAGAUGAGCACCCGAAGCGGCGUGCGCAACGACGGCGUGAGACCAUGCGCAAACGUCGCCAAGCGAUGGAGAAGAAGAUGUCCUCGGUCCCCGAAUCCUCGCAGUCCUUGUCGGGGGCAUCGCGUCCGCAAAUCUCCUUUGAAGACAAGGAGGCCCAUGAGGCGCAACUGGCCGAUCUCAAGAAACGUUUCAAAAAGAUCUCGGACGAUGUGGAAUUGAACUUGGACGCAGGGGAUCGUAGCAGACUGCAACAUCUCUUCGCACUGCUGUCGCAGGGGCAACAGAAGAUGGAGGAGGCGGUAGACGGUUUGGCCAAAAUUGAGGCGGACGCAACAAGAUACGCCCGAGAAGGGCAGCCAGACUUGCAGGCUAAAGAGAAGACCCCAAGCCCAGCGACAAGACAACGGUGCCAGCAAAGGAACUUCUGGCGCCGCGUGGCGCCGCAGCUUUCCCACGGCGAGGCCCCAGCAUCGGCGGAGACGGAGCUCUUUGCCAGCUUGGGUAAGAAGGUGCUUCAAUUUGGGGAGCAGCUCGGCGAACUUCAACCACGCCAGAACUGGAUGUGGUGCACUGGUGGAGUUUUUGGAGUUUUCCUGACAGUUGGCAGCCCAAACUCUACGAUUUCGGCUUGGAGCAGCAGCUACAAAGAAAGGUUGCUGCAGCAAAAUGCAGACGCCAACGCCACCAACACGCAGGGAGCGACUCCCCUGGACUUCACCAAAAAGGACGAGGUCCGAUGGCUUCUCAGAUCGCACAAGGGCCGCAAAGGCGCUCUGCGCCGCGGAGCGGGGCCCACGCCGCAGGAGAGGGACGACUUGCGUAGAAAAAAUGCAAAUUUGCGAAUGGACAUUGAAGAACGACUGAUGGUCACCGAGGAGGAAAAAGAGCUCCAGGAAGAAUUGGAUGAAGUUCUGGAAAAACUGCAGGAUAUCCAUUCUGCAGAUCCUGAGGGCGAAGACACUGCGGCGCUGGCUGGAUCCACGGUGGUGGAGGAGGAUGCGCUCAGUUUUCCCACCUUGAUCCCAGUGCUUAAGGCCUUGGAUCAGUCGGUGAGACAUGGAUCAGCAGCUCAGGAGAUGGCCUUCAUGGAAUUCGUGCAACUGACCACCAGCAGCGCGAAACUGGAGAGAAAGGCCAAGAAUCUGGGUCAGACCAUCUCCAAGUUGCUGGAGGGUCAAAUCACUGGCAAGCCGGAUGCGCAGGAAGCUGAAUGGCAGGCCGCAUGCAAAGACCUGAUACUGGACAUGGAGCAGGUCUUCGACCAAAUCAAGGUAGUCCGUGCAGUUAUCCCAAGGCAGCAGAGUGCGUUUGAGGAGAGCAACGACAAGAGAGCCAAGACGCUUCGCUGA